AUGGGAUUACAGGAUUCAAAUUAUAAGAUAUUGAUGAUGGGUUACAUACACACCAUUUCAUUUGUGGUCCAAGUUACAGCAAAAGCUAUGGCUUCUGAAUGUGGUCACUCUAAUGGAUCUACUUCUCAUAACGGGUCUGAAGAAGAUGGAAGAAGAAGAACUGAUGAAGAUGAUGGAAGAAGAACUGAUGAAGAAGAUGGGAGUUCUUCAUCAUCCAUUAAAUGGAUAGCUCCAGUAGGGAAUUGGCUAAAAAUAAAUACUGACUGUGCUUUUUCUGAUGAACUGGGAAUUGCAGCAAUGUGUUUUAUAAUCAGAGAUUCAAAUGGAUGGCUCUUAGAUCUCUGGAAUUUCAGAUGCAGUGCUGAUCAAUCUCCUUUGCUCAUUGAGCUCAAAGCUAUGGAAUCUGCAAUGAGCUAUGCAAUCAACAAUGAACUUGAUGAGGUAAUUUUUGAAUCAGAUGAUAAAACUUUAAUUGAUUGUAUUCUCCAGCAGAAUGUUCCAUCUGAUUCAUCUGGGUGUGAUGCGUUGCUUGAAAGUAUCAAUUUUUUGAGGACUCUGAUAAAGACUCAUAGGUUUGUUUGGGUUCCCAAAGAAGCAAAUUUGGUAGCUAAUUGGAUUGCCAAUACUUCUUUGAAGCAGGACUUUUGCCUUGUGAAUUGGAUCCUCAGACCUCCCACUGUUCUACAAGAUCUUGUUAUGAAGGAUCUCAGAGAUUCAAGAUGUUAA